AUGAGAACGAGUUUUAAUCCAUCGCCCCAAAAAAUCCCAUUGCACCUUGAAAAUCAAAAUUUUCAUUGCAACCGAUGUGAACCUUAUUGUCGCCGACAACAAGCUCGACAUUCCAAAUAUCGAGAUUCAUCUGCCAUAGAACAAAUCUGCUGGUGUCGGCGACUUUGUCAUAGAAGAAAUCCGCUGAUGAUUUUAAGGUUCACAUUUGGAAUUCGAACAGAAGGUAACGAGCGGGAAAAGUAUCACUUCAAAUCCCACCCAUGUCACUAUUCGUCUUAUAGAAAAACUUAUCAUCGCCAUUUGAGAAGCUUCUUCAGAUCUCACUUGUCGUUCGGCUUCAGCUUCAACUUCAACUUCUCGGUUCAUUGUGAAUUUGAAGAUCUAGAGAUGGGAGUGGAGAAUUAUCAUGUGAUAGAGCUUGUAGGCGAAGGCUCUUUUGGUAAAGUAUACAAGGGAAGAAGAAAGUAUACUGGCCAGACUGUUGCAAUGAAAUUUAUACUUAAGCAUGGGAAAAGUGAAAAGGACAUUCAGAAUUUGAGACAAGAAAUUGAGAUCUUGAGGAAGUUAAAGCAUGAGAAUAUUAUUCAGAUGCUGGAUUCGUUUGAAACCCCACAGGAGUUUUGUGUUGUCACUGAGUUUGCUCAAGGUGAGCUAUUUGAGAUUCUUGAGGAUGAUAAAUGCCUUCCCGAAGAAGAAGUUCAGAAAAUUGCAAAACAGUUGGUUAGAGCUUUGCAUUACUUGCAUUCCAACCGUAUUAUUCAUCGUGACAUGAAGCCACAAAACAUCUUGAUUUGUGCUGGGGGUGUUGUUAAGCUUUGUGAUUUUGGGUUUGCAAGAGCAAUGUCCACAAAUACAGUUGUCUUACGCUCCAUAAAAGGUACUCCUUUGUACAUGGCUCCAGAAUUAGUAAGAGAACAACCCUACAACCAUACUGCUGAUCUGUGGUCCCUUGGGGUUAUUUUGUAUGAAUUAUUUGUGGGUCAGCCUCCAUUUUACACAAAUUCAGUAUAUGCACUUAUUCGGCAUAUCAUCAAGGACCCUGUGAAAUACCCAGACAACAUGAGUUCAAAUUUCAAAAACUUUCUCAAGGGUCUGCUUAACAAGGAUCCUCAUUACAGGUUAACAUGGCCACGUCUUCUGGAUCAUCCAUUUGUUGAAGAAACUUUUGAAGAUGUUGAAGCUAGGGAGCUUCGUGCCAAAACUGCUGCUGCUAGAGGAUGUGAUGCUGCUUGGAAAGGGGAAAAGUAUGUACAGUCAACUGGUUUGACCCCUGCAAGUCCAGAAAGCAAAAACCGAUCUCCCGCAACUAUGGAUGAAAAUAGUCAACCUUCUGGUCAACACUCAACUAUUGACUGUGCUUCACCACAACCAGAGUCUCAAAGAGUCACAGAAAAUGACAAUAUACAGUCAGGUUGUCAGGUGCUUGACAAAUUGGAAAAUAACUCUCGCACUGUUAAGGGUGCCAAGUUAAUUGGCCAAGAUAAUGAAGCACUAUCAGUUAUCUUGUUGCCUCUCAAAAAUCGGUUGUGCAGGGAUGAAGAUGCUGUCACUUCAAACCAGUCCCUGAGAAUUCUUUCAAACUUAGUUGCUGCAGCUGCUAUUAAUUCUACAGGGGUGCUUGAUGAAAUAUUCUGGGAACUUAUAGGCUUCACUGCCAAUCUUCUUCAUAUAAAAAAAUCAAAUUAUAAUGACUUGCUGCUAAAGUGUUUCUCAGUUAUUAAGAAGCUAUUGGAUACCUGUGGUGGUGGUUUUGGGCAUUCAUAUAUCAGACAUUGGGUUGCUAUAGUGGAGCUCUAUAAAGAGGUUUCUCAAAACACAGAAGAUGCUUCAGGAAGAGUUGUGUAUGAAUCCAUUGCUUGCAUCACAAUUAUUGUAUCUCGAGUAGCACAAGGUUUCAAAGCAUCCCCAGCCACCAAGCGUGCUGAUGUGGCAGCAGCAAACGAAGGUCUUAAAGAGAUACUUGAUCAUGCUAAAACAUCAGGGGUUUUGGAUACUUUGGUUUCAUGCUUGGUUACUUGUGGCACAAGUCUCAUGUCCGGGUCUUCAAAUCUGAUCCGUGCUGCUUGUGAAGCAUGCAGGGCGAUUUGGUCAUUAAUCGAUGCAUCUGAGAUUCAUUCAACUAAAGAGAAAGAAAAUCCAUUUCCAUUGAGGUCCAUCCGUUCGCACUCGUUGGAUCGGAUUAAUAUUAAUGAAGAUGAGUCUAAACCGUUGAUUGGUGGGGAUUCUGAAAAGAUUGUGAAUGCAGUCACACGAGCAUUUCUUGGAUCAAAAGCUGUACAAGUUGCUUUCUAUUAUUGUCUUCGCCAACGCGCAGAGGCUGCUGCAUGGUCUUCUGGUAUUCAGAUCAUCUUAAGGUGCUGUUUGCAUAAUACCUCAGUCGCCGGUGUUUUAUGCGGUUUGCCUAGUUCUUUACCUGUGACUACAGUCGUGAGUGGAGGUGGUGAUAACACAAUAAUUUCAGAAAUCUUUUCCAUAUUAUCACUUUGUGCUUCCUUCGACAGAGAUCAACAAACAGGAGACCAAAAUAAUCUGAAAAACAAAUUACCAAAUCCACAUGCUCUAAUCUGCCAUUCAUGCCUCGUACUUUCAGCAGUCGCACAAUCCUUAAAAUCUUCCGGAAGAAAUUCAGCACUAUUCAUGCUGACAUCAUCACCGAAAAAACAACGUUCUCGCCUUUCCGACCUCGCACACCAUUACUCUUUAUGUGAUCGAAUUCAAAAUUCAUUUCAAUCUCAUUCCAUGUCCGCCAUGCUGGCACUCGCAUCCAUUUUGUCCCUCGAAAACUCUCCUUCUGUUGAAACAUCAAUUUCUGAAAUCGCGGUGCCUUUAAUUCCACGGAGUGCUACUCUUUGUGAUUACCUCAGGAUUUCAACACCAGACGGGAAUGGAAUGAGAGGGAAGCUCUCGUAUUGGAAUGGAAUCAGAGAUGGCUGUGUCGGUUUAUUGGAAUCCAGACUACGUUGGGGUGGGCCUUUAGCGAUUCAACAGCUAUGCGCGAGUGGAAUCCCCCAAACACUUGUUGAUUUAUUAGGAAACGAUCAAUUAGACGAUCAGAUCGGGUUAUCUCCAGUUGGCGUUGUAUGGACGGUUUCGUCUCUAUGCCAGUGUCUGCCAGGUGGCAGUUCCACGUUUCGACAGGUGUUGCUUAGAAAAGAGCAUGUGAAAGUUGUGUCUGAUUUGAUAUCGGUUGUUCAUCUGAAGGGUAUAAGGUGUUGGGGUGGACCUGGUGGAGGUCGGAAUGGAAUCAGGGAUACCGUGAACGCGGUAAUCGAUCUUUUGGCGUUUCCGUUUGUGGCUGUACAAAAUGUGCCGAAUUCUUCUUCAGCUGUAUCUGCUGCUGCUGCUUCGGUGAAUAAUGGUUAUCUUUUAAAUAUGGGAUCUCCUGGAGGGAAGGUGUCUGCUGAUGACAAGGACAUGGUUAGAGCAAUUGAAGCAAGCAUGGGAAAAUACAUUCAAAUCCUUUCUGAGGUAGGAAUUCCGGGUCGAAUAAUUCAGUGUUUGGAACACAUGGAGUUAAAAGACACUGCUAGAGCCGUUGCAUUUCUAGCCAAAAUGACUCUUCAUAGAUCACUUGUUGUUCAACUCCUUGAAAGAGGUCUCUUGGAUGCAAACAAAAUGAGAAGGCUGCUUGACUCCUCAUCACCACGAGAAGUUACUCUAGAUAUUCUCAUGAUCAUUUCAGACUUGGCCCGCAUGGAUAAGAUUUUUUAUGAGCACAUACAUGGAGCAAAUAUCUUACAUCUCUUAAAAGACUUUCUAACACACCAAGAUCCAAAUGUUCGUGCCAAAGCUUGCAGUGCUAUUGGCAAUAUGUGUCGACAUAGCUCCUACUUUUAUGAUUUAUUGGCAAAGCACAAAAUCAUCAGUCUCUUGGUUGAUCGGUGCUCUGAUGGGGACAAACGCACUCGUAAAUUUGCUUGUUUUGCAAUUGGUAAUGCAGCAUACCACAAUGAGAUGUUUUAUGAAGAGCUGAGAAAAUGCAUACCUCAACUUGCUAGUUUGCUGAUGUCAGCAGAGGAGGACGAUAAAACUAAAGCAAACGCAUCUGGUGCUCUCAGUAAUCUCGUGCGCAACUCCAACAAACUUUGUCAGGAUAUUGUCUCUAAAGGAGCAAUGCAGGCAUUGCUGAAGUUGGUGUCGGACUGUUCUGUUGUUGCUCUGAACCCAACCAGGAGAGAUGCGAUCACUGAGUCGCCUCUAAAAAUAGCUUUGUUUUCGUUAGCAAAGAUGUGCCAACAUCCGCCCUGUAGACAAUUCCUUCGUUCUUCUGAAUUGUACCCUGUGAUUGGACGACUCCGCCAAUCACCAGAAUCAACCAUUGCCAACUAUGCUUCUGUCAUUUUCAACAAAACCUCCUCUUAACCCUAAAACUAUGCCAUGAUAUAUGUUUAAAUACCUUUUCACUAUAUCAAUACAUCAACUCUCUGUUAGAAUUAAUUUUGCUAUUGUUUCUAAACUUUUAGUAGAUAAAUUGUUAUUUACAUGUAUAAAAAAAAAACUUCAUUAAAAAUUACAAAACUUGUGCCUUACUAGCUUUGAGUUCCGUUUGUUUUACAAAGCUCAAGAUCAACUUGUUAAGAGGGUUCGGAUUUGCUUGUAUACGAUAUAAACGUAAGUAUUUAUUUAUUUUAAUAUAUCUUAUAAAAAAAAGCGUAAUAUUAAGUUUGAAUUCGAUUUGGGUUUGUUUAAAAUUGAUCUUGAGUUAAGCUUUCAAGGAGCCGAAGUCGAGUAGAUAAGAGUAACUUGGCUCUUUUGCAUAUCUAGUUGAGUGUACUUUACUGUGUUGAGGUUGAUUCUUAUUUCUUAGUGAUUAAGCUUAAUUUUUGCCGUUGAUUUCACCCUGCCGACUGACAUCAUAACAUGUGCUCCUUUUUCCUUCCCUUUUACACUGUCGACAUGUAUCUGCCAAAAAAAGGUCAUCUUUUUUCUUUAUUCUAGAGUCGAGAC